GGGGCGCAUGCGCAGCGUUCGGACUUCCUGGCUGGCCACCAUUUUGUUUUUCACUGCUCGCAAGGGUAUAAGGCGCAGAAGGAGAAGGGCAGAAAUUAUCCGUCCGAGACGCCAGCAUGUUGCCUCUGGCCAGAACCGCGGUGCGCCUCAGCGCUCGGGGCACUCAGUGGAUUGCAGCAAGACAGAGUCACCACAAACAUGCAUCUGACUUCCAUGAUAAAUAUGGCAACGUUAUACUACUUGGUGGAGCCCUAUUUUGUGUCUCCAUUUGGGGAUAUGUGGCAACACAAACUGGAAUUGAGUGGAAUUUAUCACCUGUUGGCAAAGUUACCCCAAAAGAAUGGAGAGAGAAAUAGCCUUUCCUUAUUCUGGACUGAAAUGUGCAGUAAUCCUGAACUGGUCUGAAAUUUUCAUUUCUGCCAUACGUGUAAUGGCAUCUGUUCACUGAUUAUUGCUAUCUGUGAUGUGGCAUUACUGGUUUAAUAAAUAUAUUUAAAAAUUC